GUUGCUCUCCCGCAGCCACAGCCGGCCGAGGCCGUCGCUUUUUUCCGCAGAGCCACGUAAAGGAUUAAAAAAGAAGAAAAACAGAGAGUCUGGCAUAGCACGACAACAAACCGAGAGGCCUCGAAAGAGAGAGGGCGAGAGAGAGGGAGGGGUGCGGAGGAUGCUAAGAGGGGGAGGCAGGCAGCCACAAGUAACUGAGUGGAGCUUGGCCCCUGCGGGAGGACGAGGGAAGGGGGAGGGAGAAGGAAUCUAUUCGGUUCUUGUCUCUCUUCAUUUCUCUCUCUCUGCGGGUGGUGAGUGGGUUCUUUACUUUCCUUCCACCGGGGGUUGCCGUGGUUGUGGUGGUGCGUUGGGAGGGGAAGAGGAGGUAGCCGUGGUUGGUUAAAGAAUCUGGUCUAUGGCAUGCCUCGGGAACAAGCAACGCCCUUUCUCCUCCCGCUUUCCUUACCCCACAUGGCAUCUUCCUCCACUGCGCUCGCUCUUCUCAUCACAAUCCUCAUCAUCGUCAUCCCCUGCCCCCUCCUCCUGUUCUUUUUCUUCUCCCGCCGCCAGCUUCGCCGCCCUCUCCCUCUUCCGCACAACGAGAAGAAGAAGGAAACGAAGAUGAUGUCUGGGCUGCUCCUCUUCGUUUGCCGCUGCCUCCUCCUCGUCCUUGCUUCUCACGGCCCUGUGACGGUCCAGGCAUUUACUGGAACUUAUGGCAUAAACUAUGGUAGGAUCGCUGACAACAUUCCUCCACCUGAGAAUGUUGUCAUACUUUUGAAAGCAGCAAAGAUAAAGAAUGUUCGAAUCUAUGAUGCUGAUCACAGUGUCCUCAACGCGUUCAAAGGGUCUGGGCUUGAACUGGUCGUGUCAAUUCCUAAUGAAUAUGUUACAGACAUGAGCGUGAAUGAAGACCGGGCAAUGGAGUGGCUCAAGGAAAAUGUGCAACCCUUUCUGCCUGAUACGCAUAUCCGAGGGAUUGCUGUGGGGAAUGAAGUGUUGGGAGGGACGGAUCAAGCACUGGCAGAAGCAUUAUUAGGUGCUAUCACAAAUGUGUACAGUGCUCUUGAAAGGCUUCAAUUGACAGAUCUUAUUGAGGUCUCAACACCUCAUUCAGAGGGCGUGUUUGCUAAUUCUUAUCCACCAUCAUCAUGCACUUUUAAGGAAAGCGUCAUUGUAUACAUGAAGCCGCUCUUGGACUUCUUUUCACGGACUGGUGCUCCCUUCUAUGUCAAUGCCUAUCCAUUUUUGGCUUACAAAAGUGAUCCUGAGCAUAUUGAUAUUAACUAUGCCCUCUUUAAGUCAAACUCUGGAAUUUAUGAUGCAAAGACCAGUCUGCACUAUAACAACAUGUUGGAUGCUCAGAUAGAUGCAGCUUAUGCUGCUCUGGAAGCUGCUGGCUAUGAGAAGAUGGAGGUCCUGGUUGCAGAGACAGGUUGGGCUUCAGCUGGGGAUGAAAAUGAAGCAGGAGCUACAGUUCAGAAUGCAAGGACUUACAAUUUCAAUCUGCGUAAGCGGCUUUUCAAGAAGAAAGGGACUCCACUCAGGCCAAAGAUUGCGGUUAAGGCAUAUUGCUUUGCCUUGUUUAAUGAGAAUUUGAAGCCUGGACCAGCAUCUGAGAGACAUUUUGGACUGUUCAAGGCUGAUGGGAGCAUUGCGUACAAUAUUGGUUUUCGGGGACUGAAGCCUUCAGGUGCAUCUCGAUCUCUUUUAUCUUUGAAGGAUCUUGGAGCUCGAGGUUGGGUUGCAUCUUACUCCAUGGUUCUCACCACCUGUAUGGCAGCCCUCCUGGCUUUGACAAUGUGACGGGGCCAUUUGUAGAAAAUGUGCAUUGGAUGUGCUUGAGUUGGAUCACGGAAAUGUUCUUCCAGAUCUGGUCCCCAGUGUGCAUCACCCAUUCAUAGAUUGGUCAUUUACAGGUUUUCUUGAGUUUGUGAUUGGAAAUAGUUGAUCAUUUUAUGUACUUCAGCACUGUUCUCAAUUGUAUGUUCAUAGGAAUAUGAACGCUAGAAGCAAAAAUAAAAUAUAAAUUGAGAAACUAUUAAUUGAUC